AUGGUGAGCAGAGCGAUUAAGGAGAAGUGUGGUAUGUGUCAGAUGCGGGUGACAGGGUCUCGGGAGAGGGAUGAAUUUAAGGCCGAUAUUGUCGAUCUACGGCUAAGUCUUGGUGUGGUAGAGAAGAGAUGUGAGAGGAAAAUUGAGGAGAAGAUGGAAGGGUUAGAGAGAAGGGUAGGAGUGGUGGAGGCCUCACGGAAACGUAUUGAGGAGGGUCUACGGGAUGAGAGGGUCUUUGUGGAGAAUAUGUGUCGUGAGACGUCGGAGGAGGUCAGUCGGGUGGCGGGGAAAUGUGAGGAGAUGAUGAAGAAGGAGCGGGAGGAGAUAGUGGGUGAAGUGCAUAGGGGCAUUGGGGAGAUGGAGAGGAGGCUGGGGGUGGCGGUGAGAGGGGGUGAGGAGGCGGUGGAGAGGGUGGAGGAACGACUUGGGAAGGUGGAGAAGGAAGUGAAAAGCAGCAGGAGAAGGAAUUCUGGUGGGAAUAGAGUGGUGACCAUCACCGCCUCCCCUUCGCGUCUGGAUGAGCCCUCUAGUAGUGAGGACAGCUACGAUGAGAUGCAAAGGGAUAUUAAAUAUGAACACAUAUGCUCACGGCUGAAGAAGCUGGAAUCAGUUUUACAGAGAGUAUAUGAAGUAGAGGAGAAGCUCAGGCAGGGGCAGCGUCAAGAAGUCGCGAUGGAGAGUGCAGGAGUGACGAGGGAGGAGGUUGAGGAGCUCAGGAGAAGUGUUUGGAAAGAAGUCAAUUUGGUGAGGGAACAACUUGGCGAGGUGGCGGCAGAGGUCCGCGGUGAGUCCAGGAAGGAGGGAUGGGCUGAUGCUACUGGGCGAGCGAGAAUUGAAGAGAGAGUGGAGGAGAUAUCUAAGGCGCUACAGGUGAUGGAAUUUAGGGUGGAGGAGUUGGGGAGGGGGAGUGAUGGUAGGGAAUUCGGUGGGCUGAGGGAAUGUGUUGAGGAGUGGGUUAAUAGGAGUGAGAAGUUAGAAGCAGAGGUGGAGAGUUUGGCAGGGCGGCAAGUUGAGAUGGGGGAAGAAGUGAAGGGGAUGGUGAGGAGAAUGGAUGGUAUAGAAGAGGGCGAGUCGAGGAUGGGAAUCGUGGUUGAGAGGGUUGAAGGGGAAAUGGCGGUAUUGGCUCGGGCGGUGGCUGAAGUCUCAGAUUUGCGGACGUCCGUGGAUGAGAUUUCAGAUUUUUUGAGCAAGUUCCCGAGAGACGGUUUUAAGGAGGAUGCGCAGCGAAGCAUAGAGGGGCUGAGGAGUGGCCUGGCUGAGGUGAGGGUGGAGAUGGAGGAGGUGAGGGAGGUGAGGCACGCGAUGGGGAGGAUGGGGGAGGUGGAGAGUAGAUUGGGACAUGUGGAGGCUAAUAUGGAGUGGGUGGAGGGGGAGUUUAAUGCGUAUAAGAAGGAGGAGGUUUGGGAGGCUGAGGUGAGCAGGAAUAGGGAGACGCUGGAGAGGGUGGAGGAGGAGUUGGGGCUGCAGAAAAAGCAGUUGGAGGGAAUAGAACCCGGGCUGAGUGCGAAUAGAGAGGCUUUGGAGGGGUUAACCGUCACUGUUGGGAAGUUGGAGCGGAGGGCGAUGGGGGCAGUAGCUGCGGUUGGACCUCAAGAAGAGGGGAUGGAGGGCAGUUCGGGACGUCGAAUUCGAGAGCUGGAGGAGUCUGUGGAGGAGUUGAUGGCACUGUUGGGAGUGGUUGACGAUCUGGCUAAGAAUCAGACGGAAAUGCGGAAGUCGCUGCAAUCGAGAUAUGAUAGGGAGACGGCAGAGAUGGGAGCGGCACUGAGGAAAGAAAUUGGCGAGGUUAGGGAGGCAGUGGCAGAAGGGGCGGUGGGGGUAGAGGAGCUGAGGAGGAUCGUGGGAAAGUUGGAAGGGAGGCUGAGGUUGGACGAGGAGGUGGUGGUGGACACAGUGAGGGGAAAGCAGGAGCGCUUGAAUGGGGACGAUUCGGCGAGAGAGCGGUUGCAAGUGGUCGGUCCGGAUGAUGGGCUGUGGGUGGAGAGGAAGGAGUUGGCCGCGAUGAAAGCUCAGACAAGGGAGUUGCAAGAGGCGAUGGACGGGUCACAGGAACGAGUGGAGGAGUGGAUAGAGAGCAAGCUGGAGGUGCUUCAGUCGGAGUUGGUGGAACGCGAUUCGGAGUGGCAGAAGAUGGUGGAGGAGCAGGUGACCGAGGCUCUGGGGCAUAUAGAAGGAUAUGUGGAUCCGGAAAUUGCUAGGCUAUCGUCGUCAUUGGAAGGCGUUGCAGAGAGGCUAGUGAAUGUCGAGGCUUCGGUUGCGGAGGGAAUGCGGAUGAGGAGGGAGAUGGAGGGAAUGGGAAAGGAGCGUCGUCCGUUGCUGAGCCCGUAUGGUGUCGGGGAAGAGGCCAGGAAUGUACAACUAGAGGACCGAUUGGCUGCUUGCGAAAGUGCUCUGGAGGAAACGGUGGGGAGUGCGAGGGAGGUGGAGGGCAUAAGGAGAGAACUGGAGAAGGUUUCUGUGAUGGUUGCCCGACACGAGGCGUCAAUAACUACGACUGGUAGUGGGAGGGAUCAAGAGGCUCGAAUACUCGAGAUGCAGAACGCGAUACAGACGGUCCACUCGAGGAUGUGUAGAUUGGCUAGUGCGAUACGAGAGCUCUACUCUGAUUGUCGCACUUCGCUGUCUACCAAUUUCCCCGAGGCUGCUGACGCUCUGCUGCAGGGUGGGUUGAGAAUCCCGGAGUGGACGGAUGAAAGCCUUAUGCAUAGCAUGAGCAAUAGAUUGGAUGAUGUUGCGGUCACUCCGGUCAAGACGGGCUCGAAUGUGUUGGUGUCGGAACUAGGACUGGACGAUGGUGGUAACAUCACUAUCGCUUCCAUGAGGGGCUUCACGGGUGGUAUGAACGGAGGGAUAUGGUUUGUUAAGGUGAAUGGUGCGAAUAAACUAUGUUUGAAACUGGUGUCGGCUCAGCGUAAAUGUGCGCAAUUGCCAACUGAAGCUGGCAACUACAUCGAUCUGGCGAGACGGUUUCCUUUCCUGUUGUCACGAAGCACCCUGGGUGGGCUAUUGGCCUUCCCGGUGAAGAUUUUCGAUGUGGCGACUUCUGGUACUGCAUCUCGAGUGCUCUUUAACCUCAUAGCGAUGCCGGUUGCUAACGGCGUGAGGCUCGCUGAAAUACUGGGACGGAAGGUGCAUGCACGCGAGGACAAUUCCAAGGUGCUUGAAGAAGUCGGGCGACAGUUGAGGCGUUUCCAUGAGCGAAUCAAUGGGGCGUCAGGGCCGCUGGAAGUUCAGCAUACGGAUUUCCAACCAUGUAACAUAUUUGUCGACGAGCCCAACCUUGGUGUCGGCGAGAAUGGUGGCGUUACAUUCGUGGACUUGGGAGGAAUGGGAGUGUCGGUGAAGGAAGGCGACUAUGAGCAUUUCGUGAAGUCUCUGACGCUGCUUGGGCGAACUUAUGGUCAGGAGUUCGUACGGAUGUCUGUAAAGGCUUUCACUGAGGGCUAUGGCGUUAAUGCUCCUCGAGGACAGCGCCGCCCUAGCGCCAGAAGUUCCUCGCAAGUAUCACUCCGUCACGCCCCAUGUAAUUACAUCAAAGUGAACGCACCGGGCCGCGUUCUCUCCGGCACCAGCACUUACCGGAUCACCCGAGCAGGUGAGGAUGAUGAUUUCUCUAGAUUCUGA